UUUUACUAAAACUGCUAGCUACUAUAUUUGACUAAUACUUCUACUUCUCGUACCAAGUCCAUCACCAAAUAACAAUCCAAAAUCAAACUUUGAAUAUUUAAUUUUAAUUUUUCUGUUUUUUUACACAAUCUCAUCAGCACUCAAGGCCUCACCAAACUCAUCAGCUUCUAUUCAACUAGAAUUUCAUAGAUCGAACCUUUUCCCAAAAAUUUCCGCACUGCACACCAACUAGAAUACAUUUUUCUUUCACUCUGAUUUAACUCUUCUUUAAUUGGGUCAACGUAGGUUUUCAAUCUCCUCAUAUGCAAGUCAAGGAGCUGCAAAACUUGGGUUUCUGGUCGAGUUCAUAAUCCAUUAUGAGGAAUUUUGGGGUUUAGCUUCUAAGGUGGGAAACAUGUGGGUGAUCUGGCGCUUAGCCUUCUUCUGCUUUGUUUUGCUGUUUCAUUUCGUUUAUAGAGUUGCUGGUAAUGCUGAAGUCAGGUGACGCCUUGAACGCAUUGAAGACCAGUUUGGCUGAUCCUAACAAUGUUUUACAAAGCUGGGAUCCUACCCUGGUUAAUCCCUGCACUUGGUUUCAUGUUACAUGCAAUAGUGAAAAUAGUGUUACCCGAGUUGACCUUGGAAAUGCAAAUUUAUCGGGUGAACUGGUUUCACAGCUUGGUCAACUUCCAAGUUUGCAAUAUCUGGAACUUUAUAGUAAUAAUAUUAGUGGGAAAAUUCCUGAGGAGCUUGGGAAUUUGACAAAUUUGGUGAGCUUGGAUCUUUACUUGAACAAAUUAAAUGGUCCUAUUCCAGUGACAUUGAGCAGGCUUCAAAGGCUCCGUUUCCUGCGUCUCAAUAACAACACCUUGUCGGGAACUAUUCCUAUGUCAUUGACUACCAUUGGAUCCUUGCAAGUCCUGGAUCUUUCAAACAACAAACUAACAGGGGAUAUUCCUGUCAAUGGCUCCUUUUCCUUAUUCACCCCAAUCAGUUUUUCCAAUAAUUCGCUGAACAAUCCUCCACCUUCACCACCACCUCCUCUGACUCCACCAUCGCCUGGUCCGUCUAAUGGUAACAGUGCUACUGGAGCAAUCGCUGGUGGAGUUGCUGCCGGUGCUGCUCUGCUGUUUGCUGCCCCCGCAAUUGCUCUUGCUUAUUGGCGACGCAGAAAACCACAGGAUCAUUUCUUUGAUGUACCAGCUGAAGAGGAUCCAGAAGUCCAUCUUGGACAGCUUAAAAGGUUUUCUCUGCGUGAGUUACAAGUUGCAACAGAUAGUUUUAGCAAUAAAAAUAUUUUGGGUAGGGGUGGAUUUGGAAAGGUCUAUAAAGGACGUUUAGCUGAUGGUUCUCUAGUAGCAGUAAAAAGGUUGAAAGAGGAACGUACACAGGGUGGAGAGUUGCAGUUCCAAACAGAAGUAGAAAUGAUCAGCAUGGCUGUGCAUAGGAAUUUGCUUCGUCUACGUGGUUUUUGCAUGACUCCAACGGAACGAUUACUUGUAUAUCCUUUUAUGGUUAAUGGAAGUGUUGCUUCAUGUUUAAGAGAGCGUCCGGAGUCACAAACCCCCCUAAACUGGCCGAUACGCAAACGAAUUGCAUUGGGGUCUGCAAGGGGACUGGCUUAUUUGCAUGAUCAUUGUGAUCCUAAGAUUAUUCACCGCGAUGUGAAAGCUGCAAAUAUAUUGUUGGAUGAAGAAUUUGAAGCAGUUGUUGGAGACUUUGGAUUGGCUAAACUCAUGGACUACAAAGAUACUCAUGUCACCACUGCAGUGCGCGGCACAAUUGGGCAUAUAGCCCCCGAAUACCUAUCAACUGGAAAGUCUUCAGAGAAGACUGAUGUUUUUGGGUAUGGUGUCAUGCUUCUUGAACUGAUAACUGGACAGAGGGCAUUUGAUCUUGCUCGGCUUGCAAAUGAUGAUGAUGUCAUGCUACUUGAUUGGGUGAAAGGACUUCUAAAAGAUAAGAAGUUGGAGACGUUGGUUGAUGCUGAUUUACAGGGUAAUUAUAUUGAUGAUGAGGUGGAGCAGCUGAUCCAAGUGGCUCUACUUUGCACACAGAGCUCCCCGAUGGAAAGACCCAAGAUGUCAGAAGUGGUGAGAAUGCUUGAAGGUGAUGGGUUGGCAGAAAGGUGGGAAGAGUGGCAGAAAGAGGAGAUGUUCCGCCAAGAAUUUAAUCACACCUACCACCCGAGCACAAAUUGGAUCGUCGAUUCCACAUCCCACAUCCCUCCAGAUGAAUUAUCUGGUCCCAGAUGAUCUCGUACCUUCAAUGUCUACAUGGAAGUCUUAUUGAGGCUCAUUUUGGGUAUAAUAGUGGUAUUUACUUUGUGCAUAUAGCUUUUCCCAUUUUCUUUUCGUUUCUUUUUUUUUUUUUUUUAUUUUUGUUUUUGUUUUCUCAGUGUGUAGUUCAUAUCACAUGUUGGAUUUAAUCAAUCGUGUUGUAAUUUCUAUAGGGCGUUCUGAAAGUCAAGGUGGUAACAAACAUGGCAGCAAUGGCCAUGGACGCACUCACCAUAAAAAUUCUCAUGUAUUCAAAAAUUAGUAUUACGCAAAUAAAUGCAUUUUUAUUUUCUUCAGUCAA